UCAAAGUGCUGCAUACUGUGACAGCAAGUCAUUCACAGCAACAAAGCCAAGUUUGUACAGGAACAUCAGCGUGUGUCAAAUCUGACCAAACAUGAAAUAUCUUCAGCUUCUUCUGCUUCUCAUCCUCCAGAGCCACAAGGUCCAUAUGGACAGCAUUGAGAGGAACCAGGACUGUGCUUGGAGUUGUUCUGAGGGUCUACAGUGUAAACCCAGAGCUUACUCUCCACUGUCAGCAUUUCACUGCAGGAAUCAGGCUGUUAGCAGCGGCGUGUUCAAUAAUGUGACGUUGUCUAAUGUGUUAGCGUGUGAGGGGAGGAAAUGUUCACUCCAGCUCAGAAUCGCAGCAUCAGUGAAUGUUACAGGUGAUAUUCGCGGGGUUUCAGUGUGUGCCGACUCUGCAGGGAUGAUAGGACAUUGCCAGAUUUAUACUUUUGGACCUGUUGGCAAAGGAAAAGCCACAGGAAAACAGGUUGAUGUGCAGUUUAAAUGUGUUCCUGUUAGACCUGGACAGCUUGUUUUUGUGACUCUCAAAACGAUCCCCGGCUACUGUAAGGCUAUUUGGACACAGAGACACCUUGUUCCUGAAUGCAGUCACGAAGGUAUCAGAGAUGAAAUUACAGAGUGCAUCACUGGGAAGCUGGCGUACACUGUAAAUAAAGCUAGGAAUAUGUUAACAGUGAAAGUAACUGAUGCUCCUGAGAACACAGAUUACAACCUCAGGCUCUGCCAUAAACGCAAUGUCAUCUGUGCAGGGGAAGGGGCACAGAGAACGAUAAAACCACAAUAUCUAGAGAGUAGCAUAACGCUUCAUUAUGCCAAACCAUUGCCCUGUUUGUGCAUUGAGGGUUGGCCUGCUAGAGUAGAUGCACGGAGAGUUCAAGUGUGUCCAUUUAAAAACAAUUUCGAAGAACUGUGGUCUGGGAUAACUUAUGACCUCAAUAAGGAAGAGUUGAUAUGGGAGCCGCUGUGUCCUGUCAAAGUGUCAGUAUCUCUGUGCCAUGCUGAUGGAGGGAAAAGCUGCCAAGACCUUGGAAAUGCUUUUUAUUCGGAGGGGCAAAAAGUGAUGUUCUCCUCCGUGGAUCCACACCCAAUGCUUUGCACGAAGUUUACCACUGAAGUGGGGGAAUGGAUAAAGUGUCCUUUUGCCAAAGGGAAUUUCUCAGUCUGGACAGCAAAGAUUACAUCCAAAGAUGGUCAGCAGUCGGCAGAGAUUUCAACAUGGGUCAAAGCCAGCUUCUCCAUUUCUGUCUGUGAGAUGAAUCCCUCCUCUCAGUGUAAACAAAUCGAAGGAAACCAAUUCCAAACCCUUUCAGUGGACAAAAUGAAGCCCACAGUUUUCAACUUGCCUAAAAGUGCGUGCGAAGUGUGUGUCUGCAUCAAGGUCCAGAGGGUAGAUGUGCGCUUUUCAGUCCCUGUACUUCAGUGCGACUUGCAGUGUUCAAGUUGGUGUCAUGCCCCGGAGAGAAGUCAGGACAUUGAGAAGGUUUUAUUUCCUGCUCUCAUUAUUCUGACGGGGAUCCUGGCGGCUGUCUUGUUUGGUAGAAUGACAAUAAAAGAUGGGGACAAGAGGAGAACACCAUGGACGAAACUCAGAUGUCUGAGGAUGAACCAGUGACACCUGCCUUCACAGCAAGAGGAUGUCGAUUGCAGGAUAGUUCUCAAUAAAGCAUGCAUGUCUUUUUUUUCUUUUUUUUAUCACUGUAAGAACUGAAGCGCUUGCAUAAUUUUUUGUCUUGUCUGGUGCAUGAAAGAAUUUGAAGAAUUUGUGUAUAUAAAACUUUGGUACUUUUGUAUGCAAGUCAAUAUAAGAUUGAAUGUAUGUGAAAGCAUUAUAAUUGUUUCGUGCUUUGCAAAAUCCAAUUUGUUUUUGUCACCUAUGAGCUGCUGCUUUUGUACAGCAGAGGGCAGUGUCUCAAACAAAUGAAUGUCUGUGUCAGCAGUGUGAAUGAGUUUUUCUUCUGAUGUUGAUAUUUCUCUCACGUAAGGCUUGAAACUAGGUCACAAAUGGGUAGUCAGUUUACAGACACUUGUGCAACCCCAGCAUGUAGAUUCAGUGCCAUAGAAACGUUUGCGGCUGGACACGUUCCUGUGUCACUUGUGUCUGUAAUCAUGAUUUUCGAUGACACACUUUUUUCUGAUUCUGAGGAUGCAGAGAUACUGUAUGACAUUCCUGGAUGGUGCGACUCUGUGCCGAUGAGAGGGGCCGGGUGGAACUGGCUCUGGGGUUUGCUGAUGAAAACAUUCCUGAAGUAUAGAGUAAAGCCCAAACAAUAGAGCUCAAUCGUAGAUAUAGGACAAAUAUAGUUUUGGGGAGAUGCCACCAUUGUCCAUCUUAGCUGAGGGUUCACAGUGAUCACUCUUAAAAAUAAAGUUUCUGAAAGGGGUUUUUGCAGUAAUGCCACUGACGAACUGCUUUUGGCUCUGCAAAGAACCAAAUGAAGAGUUCUUAAACUUAAUGUGAAAAGAACAUUUUAAUAAUGCUAAAUCUUUUUCCACUAUACGUAUUUAUGUGUCAUGGACA